AUGGCCUCCAUACUCAAGGCCCAGAAAUCCAAUGCUGCAAAGCAAGAUUCAAAAAAGCGAAAAAGUGUGGACAUGGACUCAGUAGAGGAUCCCGCACCCGCGCCCAAGAAGAGGAACAAGCAGAGAGUGCUCCUCCUCUCGUCGCGUGGUGUAACACAUCGCAUGAGACAUCUCAUGAAUGACAUAGAAGCGCUCUUACCCCACGUAAAGAAAGACUCGAAACUCGACUCGAAGUCACAACUUCACUUGCUUCCUGAAUUGGCAGACCUCAAUAAUUGCAACAAUACACUGUACUUCGAGGCUCGCCGACACGAGGAUCUGUAUCUAUGGGCAGCUAAAACACCAAAUGGCCCGAGCAUCAAGAUGCAUGUACAAAAUGUCCACACGAUGGAUGAGCUGAAGAUGACCGGAAACUGCCUGAAAGGGAGUCGCGGAUUGUUGAGCUUUGAUAAGGGCUUCGAGGAUUCCGAGUGGGGGAGACUAACAAAAGAGGUGUUCACUCAUAUUUUCGGCGUCCCUCCGACAGCACGGAAGUCGAAACCAUUUAUCGAUCAUAUCCUUACAUUCUCCCUUCUGGACUCCAAAAUAUGGUUUAGAAAUUUCCAAAUCAUUGAGAAGGACCCCCUACAACCGAAUGGUCCCCCUCAGACCACCCUCGUCGAAAUCGGCCCGCGCUUUGUCUUGACACCCAUACGUAUAUUUGAAGGAGCUUUCGGAGGCGCCACAGUAUACUCCAACCCUGAAUUUAUCUCCCCUGCUGCAGUACGUUCUAUGAUCAGGCGACAACAGGGUGGCAAGUACAACCAAAGGAAGGAUACGGAGGAGGAGACUAUACGCAGGAAGGAGCGAAGACAAAGAGAAGAAGAUCAACUCGCAGUGUCCAAGGUAUUCGCUUGA